GUUCGUUUAGUUUGGUUGUGUAUCGAGAAUUCGUCUUCCGCCGAAUCGGAGUCCCACGCGAGCGAGAGUUGAAGCGCUAGAAGAAGCGGAGGAAAAACUCACGAAACAGAAAAGAGAGCAGCGCUUUCUUAACUGCGUUUCUUGCGCGCUCGAGACAGAGACGGAGAGUGCAUGUGCUUGGGUAGUGUGUGUAUUUUGCGCUCUGCUUAUGUUCCUUCCUUAAACCAGUCAGCUAGUAGCAGCCAGUCAGACGGGGAGGAGUGCAGAUAAAAACAACCCGUAAAAGAUUACGCAAACAUCACACUGAUUCCGGAAAGCCCUGUCCAGCAGCACGACCGAGGACAGUAACCAGCAGCGAACAGCAGGAAACAACCUGAGACAAAGUACAAAAUUCAUAACCGAAAAUGCCUGUGUUUCACACGAAAACCAUCGAGAGUAUCUUGGAACCAGUUGCUCAACAGGUCUCCCGACUGGUGAUACUGCACGAGGAAGCGGAGGAUGGCAACGCAAUGCCCGAUCUCAGCCGGCCGGUGCAGGCGGUUUCGCUGGCCGUUACCAACCUGGUCAAGGUCGGCCGGGAAACAAUUCACAACUCGGAUGACGACAUCCUGAAGCAGGACAUGCCGUCGGCGCUGGUGCGCGUCGAGGAUGCUUCCCAGCUGCUGGAGGCAGCGUCCGGAAUGCUGAAGCUGGAUCCGUUCUCGGGCCCGGCGCGAAAAAAGCUCAUCGAAGGCUCGCGGGGUAUUCUGCAGGGCACCUCGUCGUUGCUGCUGUGCUUCGAUGAGUCCGAGGUGCGGAAGAUUAUUCGGGAGUGCAAACGGGUGCUGGACUAUCUGGCCGUAUCGGAGGUUAUCGAUACGAUGGAGGAUUUGGUGCAGUUCCUGAAAGAUUUGAGUCCCUGCUUGAGCAAGGUGUCGAGAGAAGUAAGCGCCAGGGAGAAGGAGCUCACGCAUCAGGUUCACAGCGAGAUUCUGGUGCGAUGUUUGGAGCAGGUGAAAAUUCUGGCGCCGAUUUUGAUUUGCAGCAUGAAGGUGUUCAUCUUGAUUGCCGAGCAGAGUGGCAAGGGUUCGGAUGAAGCAGCCGAGAACAGAAACUAUUUGGCAUCACGAAUGAGCGAAGAAAUCCAGGAAAUCAUUCGGGUGCUUCAGUUGACGACUUAUGAUGAGGAUCAGAGCGAACUUGACAAUCUAACGGUGCUCAAGAAGAUGCACAACGUGAUCAACAAUAAGAUGGAAGCAGCAAAUGAUUGGUUGAAGAAUCCUUACGCGCUAAGAGGGGGUGUUGGGGAGAAGGCUCUCCGACAGAUCGUGGAUAACGGUCUCAAAGUAGCCGAUCGCUGUCUUCCUCAGGAUUCGCACCUUAUUCGCAGAUUGGCAGGUGACGUUUCGGCUAUGGCAAACACACUUUGUGAUUUACGCCAGGAUGGAAAGGGGAUAACGCCGCAGGCUGACUCUAUCGCUCGAGACAUUCGGGAUAAGCUCGGUAAUUUGGAACAAUCAGUGUUGAAUGCAAUCAUGGGAGUCGACAAGGCUGGCCUCCAACAAACGGCUCACACAGUUCAGGGACGGCUGGAGCAAGCUUGCCGCUGGCUGCAAAACCCUGCCCAAGAUGAUCGAGGUCUUGGUCAACGCGCCAUUGCUCUCAUCGUUGACGAAGGACGAAAAGUGGCGGAUGGUCUUAGUGGUCACCAGAAGGCAGAGGUAAUGCAGCUUUGUGAUGAGGUUGAACAGCUGUCCCACGAUUUCUCCCAGCUGUGUUCCAACGGACUGGGUCACACUGCCCAAGCUCAGGAAGUCGCCCGACGAUUGAACGAAAAACUGCACGGGCUAAAGAAACAAAUUCAGGAUGCCGUAGUGAAUCGGGUUGUGGAAGAUUUCAUUGACAUUUCGUCUCCGUUGAAGCAGUUCAUGGAAGCGGUCGCACUGCCAGAGGGAACACCUGGAAGAGAGUCAAAUUUCGGUCAGAAAUCGAACAAGCUUCAAACAUUUAGUGAUCGGGCUUCCAAAACAAGUCGAAUGGUUGCUGCCGGUGGAUCUGGUGGCAACAAGAAACUCGCUGAAGUUCUGCUUUCAUCUGCUUCGCAGAUUGAAAGUUUGACGCCUCAACUGGUUUCCGCUGGACGCAUCCGAAUGAAUUAUCCAACCAGCAAAGCGGCGGAAGAGCAUUUGAACAAUCUCAAACAACAGUACGCGGAUACGGUGCUGCGGAUGAGAACCCUCUGUGAUCAGGCGACGGAUCCGUCGGAUUUCAUCGAGGCUUCGGAGAAACAAAUGCAGAAACAUUCGUUCUUGUGCGAUGAAGCCAUCCGGAUGCGGCAACCGCAGAAGAUGGUGGAUAAUACAUCAAGCGAGGCUCGUCUAGCGAACCGUGUGCUGCUGGUGGCCAAGCAGGAAGCGGAUAACUCCGAAGAUCCCGAGUUCAUCGCCAAGGUUAAUGAUUCUUCCGAUCGGCUCCAGGCUUCCAUUUCGCCAAUGGUUCAGGAAGCGAAGAAUGUUUCCAUCAACAUCACCGACCCGAUUCAUGCUUCUAACUGGAAGGAGGCGAACAAGCAGCUGCUGCAAAACGUACGUAAUAUUCGUAGUGCCAUCAACAAUCUGCCAGAGGUGCCGGUAAUGCCGGAUUUGUCGUCCCUGCAUCUGAAUCAGCAGCCGGAUGCAGCUCCGCCACGUCCACCACUUCCACGAGAGAACAUUCCUCCGGUACGUCCACCUCCACCGGAGACCGACGACGAGGACGAGUUGUUCCAGGGUAUGCCCAAUGCCAACCAGCCAAUCCUGAUGGCUGCCCAUGGGCUCCACCAGGAGGUUCGCCAGUGGUCCUCGAAGGAUAACGAAAUCAUUGCUGCGGCGAAGCGUAUGGCCGUGCUCAUGGCUAGGCUCUCCGAGCUUGUGCGGGCGGAUUCGAGGGGUAGCAAGCGGGAGCUGAUUGCCACCGCGAAAAAGAUCGCCGAGUCGUCGGAAGACGUCACGCGGCUGGCGAAGAUUCUGGCUCGCCAGUGUACGGACAAACGAAUCCGGACAAACUUGUUGCAGGUUUGCGAGCGAAUACCGACCAUCGGCACACAGCUGAAGAUCCUGUCUACGGUGAAGGCCACCAUGCUGGGCGCCCAGGGCUCGGAGGAGGACCGAGAGGCAACCGAUAUGCUGGUCGGUAAUGCGCAGAAUUUGAUGCAGAGCGUCAAGGAAACUGUCCGCGCUGCCGAGGGAGCCAGCAUCAAAAUCCGCUCGGAUCAGACCAAUCAUCGGUUGCGAUGGGUGCGCCGGCAGCCUUGGUAUCAGUACUAGAAAAAUCCGUUUUUUGUGGGGGGAGUGAAACAAAUGGUCACAGAGCGAGAACACAACGAACCGAAUUGGACCCUCGACUUCUCCACACUUCUGUUUUCAACGUAACAGUGGUAGUGUCUAGUUAAUAAGAAUUUUAUCACGAUGGCGGUCGAUGCGUAUUUAUUAAUCAUUAAUACUUUACUUACUCAUAUUUUUCUAAAGUAGAAAUAGGUUUACCUUGGAUUGCACAAUGUAUUCUAACCAAUUUUGACACAAGUCAAGUCAAUAUUGUUCAAUUGUUUUCGAGAAACGGAAAGUAUUUAUGAAACAGAUUUAGACGAAAUGAAAAAAAAAAUUAAAUGUUGCCAAAAUACAGAGGUUAAAAUAUUUAGCAUUAAUCGCUUAGAAUGCAACCAGAAAAUUUUCGCUACAAAAUUUUAAAGCAAAGGCAAACGGUUUUAUCGAUGUUUUAUAAAUGAGUUUUAUACGUAAUCGUCCUAACGCAAAUGAUAAUAAGGUGUUACGACCGUAGAGACGUUUAGCGCAAGUUGCCAGAGAUGGAUUAUAACAGUUGGUUUUCGUAUACAUAUAUUGUUUUCGGUUCUCGCGUAGGUGCAAUAUAUAUAUUUUACCCACAUGCAAAUAUUUACGAGUGCACACAAUACAAAAAAGUAACCAAGUAUUCCUACUAAUGAGUGUGUCUUAACGACAGCCGAACAGAAAGUCGAUAUAUUGUUAUCCAAUAACAUAGAUUAAAAUAUGGAUAAUUAGGUUAGUGAGUUUUCCAAACUUUGCGCGAACCUUAGUCUUUCUACGACAUCUUUUUGACGAGCGAUAUCGGUUACCUCGUUAACAAUGAGGGAAAAUCCAGUGCAGCUAUUCGCGGCAAUUUUUCGUUGAAGAAAACAAAGUAACGCUUUAACCAAUCUUUAGAACAAAUGUUGUAAUAACAAGUGCCUACUUAUUAUAUUUAUUGUGAACAUUAGGUUUUUCUUUCUUUUUUGUUCAAAAUCUUUUAAUUGUUA